AUGAAUGUCUUAAUUGUUAAUUUGUAAUAUCUCGCUUUGAUGCUUCCUUAGAAUGGAUGGCAUCUAUGGAAUUACAUUGAUGGUCAUCUCUAUCUUUUAAAGUAAUUCGCUUAGGCAACUUUGAUUAUUCCCUAUGGAUUUGAAUCCUCAAUUGAUUUUGGUCCUUUUGCUUUGGCAAUGGUGAUUAUGCUGCUGAUUUCAUUUAUAGCGAUUAUAGCUAUAUUUGUUACUUUUGGAAUAUUUGAUAACCUAAAUCCCAAGGAUCAUUAUUCUUUGCGGAAAUUUAUCUUCCACUUUAUACAAAUUUGUACAACGACAUUAUAAUUACCCAUACUUUUCCUAUUUUUUGCCAUGAUCAUAAUAGGAUAAACUAAAAUAAACUAACAUGAUACUAUUAUUAAUCUCAAAAGCAUUUUAGGAUUGUUUGGGGUUUUAAUCUUUUCCAUAGUUGUGUUCCUUUAUCAUUACUUUUUAAGGGCCUACACUUUUGUGCCCUUCUAUAAUUUCUAGUAAAAAUUCAAUCUACUCUAAAUUGUACAUUAUUUCUUCAACAUUCUAAAUGCCAUUUUAUAUAUAAUUGCAGACGAUAUUUUGAUAGAAUAUGUGAAAAUAGCAGUUUUAUUUUUAUAUUUUAUAUCCCGACUAACCGAACUCUAUUAUUUUAGACCCUUUUUACCACACAUUAAUGGACUCCUAUUUAUGUCCAAUAGCAGCUUGCUUGCAAUUCUAAUAGUAAUUAGUAUAAAUAUUUUGAUGGCCGACAAACAUAUAUUGCAUGAGGAUUAGUUGCUUUACACACUAUUAAUAUUUGGGAGCUUAUCAUUCUAUUUUAGUUCAAUGUAUUAUGAGACUAAAUUCUUAUCCACCUUUGAUUUUGAAAUGAAUUCUUUUUCAUGUAUAUAUUAUACUUAAGAGAUGCACUUCAAAUAUCAAUAAACAAUUGAAAAUCAAAAAUAAAAGGAAUUCUUUCAACUUUAUUUAUAUUGGAAAGCCCAUAAGGUUGUGUGCACUAGACAUUGGAUCAAGGAAUCUUACAAAACUGAUUAUAAUUAAAUUUAAAGAACACAUUAAACCAUUUUUUGUAUUUUAAAUACUGAAUUAGAAAAGGCUCAAAUGGAUUAAAGAGUAUCUUAUGAAGAAUUGCUAUUAGUUUACAUUAGUUAUGUGGCAUUGUUUUGCAAAAAACCACUUAUGGCAUAUACAGAAUUGAAAAGAUAUUAAAGUUAGAAGUCAAUUUAAUCAUAUUACUUCAUUUGCAUUCGUUAUUAAAUGAGUAUUUAUUUAUAAGAGUUGAUUAAAAUUCAACAAUAAGAAAAUAUUUCGAUGUCUUAAGGAGGGAAACAAUUACAACCUGAACGAUAACUUAGUAUUCAUGAAGUAUUUGAAACGAUGAGAUUUUAAGAUCAAUUCAUUCCUUCCCUUAUUGAAAUUUUAAGUGAUAAAAUCAAUUUCUGGACUAAACAAUUAAAAGGGUUUAAUUCCAUUUAUGAAGUCGAAAAAUUAGCCCUAGCUCAAAGUCAAAAGAUUCAUAAAUUAUCAUAUCAAAUAAAGAAGUAUUGUUCUUUCGAUAUUAAUAAUUUAGAUCAUCUAUAAAUAAAUAAUAAUGUUUAAAAUCUAAAGCUCUUAUCAAUAUUUUGCAGUUCCAUUAUGAAUGACUAUUACAGUUCGUAGAUAUGCGAAACUGCAAUCACUGAUGUUUAUAAUAUAGAGCAUACACUAUAAGAGGAAGCAAUUACUAAUUUAGCAUUCAUAUAAGAGAAGGCUGUUUUGAUAAUGAUAAGUUUGGUCAAAAACAGAGGGAAGAUAAUUAAUAAAGAUAAGAAAUUAAUUCUAUAAUUCUUUGGUUACUAAGAAAGUGAAAUAUUUGAGAUUGAUAAUGUAUCAAGAUUAAUGCCUUCCUUUUUUGCUGAAUAACAUGAUAAAUUAUUGUUAAAUUAUUUACAAACUGCUAGAUCUUCUUUUUUUUCAACAUUCAAUUAAGUAUUUGGAUAGAGAAAAGAGGGAUCUCUUAAUUCUUACUAAUUAAAGUUAGAUAACAACUUUAAUGAAUUAGAUGAUUAUGUUUUAAUUGGGUGUCUUUCAGAAUUCAAAAAAACAUCCGAUUAUAUUCUUUUUAAUGAGGAUGGCUAUUUAAUUGGAAUGACAGAUAAUUUUUUUUAUACGAUUAUUAAUUCUGAUGAUUAGGACUUUUAAAUUCCAAAAGAAAAUGUUGGGUAAUUAAACAUCUUUUUGAUAAUUUAUAAUAUGAUGGAUCUAUUAAAUGAAUUUAAGAGCAAUUAUGGAAAAGAUGUAAUGUAUAAUUAGUAAGAAAAAUAUUUAAAAAUUUGGAAAUAUGCAAACAAUAAAGAUUUAUUGGAAAAUUCGUAAAAGAUACAAUAUUAUUCCACCAAAUUGAAUUCAUGUUUUAAUGAAAAUAGUCUAUUAAAAUCAAGAACUUCGAAUAUCACUGUAGAGAGAGAAAGAGCUGAAAUAUAAAUAUAUUAGCAAUUAGGUAAGAGUAAUGUGGAAUAGAAAAAAUAUAAAGGAUCGUAGUUACUGUAAUCUCUAACAAUUUACAAUGUUUAGCUUGGCAAUUAACUAUAACAUGUUCUUUAAACGUUAGAAUUUAAAAAUAGAACUCAUUUUACAGGAAAAGCAAGUAUCACUUACAAACUUGUAGGCAAGAAAUCCUCCAGGAAAUGCUAUUUUGUAUUGGAGAUAAAUGAUCUAAAAAAAGCAGAUGAUUUGCUUAAGACAAAUGAAUCAUUAAUCAAUAAUUAAUACACAACUUCGAUUUAAACAACAAACAAACUUUUUUAUACUCCAGAUUUAAACCAAAGUAAUUUUGAGAUAAUUAAAGUUGAUAAGGAAGAGGUUACUCCAAAUAUUUCAAAGCCAGCCUAACCUUUCUUUUAGCGACUCAUCAAUAAAUAUGAAUUGAAAUAACAAUAAUAAUAUGUAGAUAUCUUAGGAAUGGAAUCUGCAAGAGACAGUGUCAGCUAUGGGCCCUUAUCAUAAAGAAUUAACUUUAUUAGUCCCUCUUCAAAGUAAUAAUAGAUGUAAGAAUUAAUUGAAAAAGACUUCACAGACCUUCAAAAUUAAUUAGAAUAUAUAAAUUAAGAUAUCAACCAAGAAAAUGAUGUUCCUGAUUCUUCACAAAUAAAGAGCAAUAGUAAAGACUAAAAUUAAAAAGGUCCCAACAUCAUUGAAAUCUAUCAAAAUAAUAAAUUCAACUAAAAAAUGGAAGAUAUUGAUAGGGAUGCAAAAAAAUCAAAAUCCAGUAUUACUUCUGGAACCUCUGGUGUGUCAGCCAUAACAACUAUUAAACAAUUUCAAUAGAAUACCCAAAUGACAGAUAGCCUAAAAAAGCUAGCCAUUAUUAAUAUUUUAAUAAUGGUUAUAAUUAUAGGCUAUAUUAUUGCCCAUUUGGUAAAAUUAAACACUUACACAGAGCAAACUUAAUAAACCUUAGCUAAUAUCAAUGGGCCCACUUUAUUUAAUCGCUAUUUCUUUAAAAUCUUCACUUACACCUGGAGUCUUGUAUUCAAUACACUUGAAAUUAUAGAAAGCAGCGAUUUUAUUAUAAAGUCAACAAUCUCUGAGAUGCAAGAUUUAGCUUAAAUCGUAUUUAUUGACUUAAGCAAAAUGUAUAAAAUUUUUAUAGGGAUUGAGGAAUCAGGAAUGCUAAGUUACAUCAACUUGGAUAUGCUUUAUCAAUCAAAUGAAAAUGUAACAUAUACUUACUUUAUUAAUUUAAUUUCUACUGUUUCUGAUCAAUUAUUUGAGGCUCUCAACUACGAUGUUACUACACUGAUUUAAAUUAUUGAUAGAAGAUAUUUGGAUAAUCUAUUAAUGUUGAGAUACAAUCUAAAAAAUGUUGUCCUCAUGAAUUCAUAAUUAAUUGAUUCUUUAAAUGAAGUCUAUUUCUAAUAGUAAGAUGAUAAUAUUCAAGAAUUUUAAACACAAAUUAUAUUAGAAAUUGUUUUCUUGUUAGUAAUAAUAGUAUCGUAAUUAAUUUACUGGAAAUAAAUUGAAUAAUAUUGUUAAUAAAUCUUAAUACUAGCAGGAAGACUGUAAUACACUUAAGCUUAAGAAAUGAUCUUAAGAUUUACACUUGUAAUUGAGACCUUAAAAUAAUUUUCUGGAAAUUAGAGUUGGAAGAAAUAAAACUUUUAUAAAUUAUUAUUCUUUCCUUUAAAUGAAAUAGGAAUAGAUACUGUUCAAAGUCAAUCAAGAAUUUUAAAGGAUUACUAAAGUUCGUAAGUUAGUUAAUAGUUUAGAAUUAAGCAAGCGUUCGAGGAAAGAUAAAAAAAUCUCAAAAAGAACUUUAACGUUGUACUUAAUUCUAAGAUUAAUAAUCCAAACACCACAAUCUUCAAAGCCACAAUUUUAACAAUGAUAACAUUUUUAAUAUUUUUAAUUUAUCUUUUGGGUGGAUUUGUAUUAUUUAGACAAUAAUAAAAUGAUUUAUUGCCAACUCAAUAACUAACCUUAAGUUUUAUUAGAUUUACAUCUUAAUUAGAUAUAGUCGUUAGCACUUCAUUAAUAACCAAAUCUUAACCUCUUUUAUAUGAUAAAUUGAUAGAAAUGAAAAUAUACACAACUAAGGAAAUAGAUAAGUUUAGAGAUUAAAGAAAAAUUAUAAAGAUUUUUAUCUCUUUAUAUUCGAUUUAUUAUGAAAAUAUUACUUCAAUUUAUGAGAACAUCAUUAAAUCAAAUAAAAUAUCAAGCGAGGAUGCCAGCACACUGCUUACAUUGUAUUAAGGGGAUUUUUGUUUAGAAAUUGGUUCUGAUGUGCCUUUUUGUAAUUAUGAUACAAUCACAAAUUUUAAUUCUCUCUAUGGAAUUCCAGACUCUCAAGAUGACAACAGAGAGUAUCUAAGUAAAGGUAUACAAGGAAUUGUGAGCAAAUUAGACACUUUUUUCAAGUAGAAUUAUUAGUUUGAAAUUAAUAACACUGAAUACUUUCCAGAUAAAAAUGUAACCAAGGAAAUCAUGAUAUCCAAAGAAUUUACAAAUGCUGUAAUGGAGCAUUUCUUAGAUACAACAGAUGGAACAAAUUUGUUCCUUGAUACGUUGAUGUAAGCUAUCAAUAAAAUAACUAAUGAUAAUCUGAAUUUAUCCUAUACCUAUUACUUAAUAACUGGAUUCUUAUUAUUGAUUAUUUUCCUUACUUUUUAUGGACUUUGGAUAUAUAACUCAAAUCAAAGAUUGAUCUUGCUUAGGUUAAUUCUAACAAAUUUACCUAUUGAAGUUCUAACAGAAUAACAUACAUUGACCUUACUUAGAAAAUUAUAAUGA